GCUGCUAUUUCUGUAUUUAGACAGUUGGGGAUACUUUUGUUGUUGGAAGUUAAUUAUUUUGCACAUCUUCCCUCCUUUUUCUUCAACUCCUCCUAGGUUUUGUUUGUCAACAGGAUCUACACAAUCAAAUUGAUAGAUAGAUAGAGAGAGACAGAAACGUGAGGAACAGUUAAGGAAUAGUAAAGGAAGAUCAUAGAAAUUAAUUAGCUUCCUCAUUCAUUUCUAUGAAAAACCCAAGAGUAAAUUCAGGUUUUGAUCAGUGAGGAAAUACUGGAUCUUUGUAGAGAAACAGAGAGGUGAUUCUGUGUAAGAAGAAGUUUUAGAAGAAAGUAUGUGGGAUCUAAAUGAUUCACCUGCUAAUGGAAGAGGAGGCCGAGAAGAGGAGAAAGAAAAAGGGUUGAGUAAUUCCUUUAUAAAUAAUAAUGAUCAGAAUUCAAGUUCUUCAGUUGUGUAUAUGGAAGAAACAGGAUCAGAAGAAUUUGAAGAAGCUGGAUCAUCAGUAACCAAAUCUAGACCCAAUCAGAAAAGAACUAGUUGUAGUGAUCAUUAUAGAAAUAACCAAGAUAAUAAUAACAAUAAUAGUAAUAGCAGUAAGAUCUUUGGUUUUUCUAUGUCCUCAACACAAGAAGAAGAAGAGGAGGAGGAGGAGAUAGAAGAUCAAGGAGAAGAAGUUCAGUGUUCAACUGAUAACGAACCAUCAGAUGAAGUUGCGGUCACAAGACAAUUUUUUCCGGUGGGUGAAUCAUCAUCAUCGCCUGAGUUAGAUCAUGCACAGAUGGACGGAGGAGGAGGAAGUUUGCCUAGAGCUCAUUGGGUUGGUGUUAGAUUUUGCCAAUCCGGCACGUCGGUGGGUGGCGGUGGGAAUACAGGGACUGAAUUAUCAUCAGCGUCAACAAUUUCUCAACAACAACCAGCACAGAUGAAUAAGAAAAGUAGAAGAGGACCUAGGUCUAGAAGUUCACAGUAUCGUGGUGUUACAUUUUAUCGAAGAACCGGUCGUUGGGAAUCACACAUAUGGGAUUCUGGAAAACAAGUUUAUCUGGGCGGAUUUGACACGGCACACGCAGCUGCUCGUGCAUAUGAUAGAGCAGCUAUCAAGUUUCGUGGAACUGAAGCAGAUAUUAAUUUCAGUCUUGACGACUAUCAAGAUGACUUGAAACAGAUGACUAAUUUGACAAAGGAGGAAUUCGUUCACGUACUUCGCCGUCAAAGUACCGGUUUUCCUAGAGGAAGCUCCAAAUAUAGAGGUGUUACUUUGCACAAAUGCGGUCGGUGGGAAGCUCGCAUGGGCCAAUUCUUAGGCAAAAAUUCUUCAUUGCACAGAUACGUAUAUUUGGGUCUCUUUGAUACUGAAGUUGAAGCAGCAAGGGCUUAUGACAAAGCUGCAAUCAAAUAUAAUGGAAAAGAAGCUGUUACUAACUUUGAUCCUAGUAUUUAUGAAAGUAAAGACAAUAAUCAUAAUCUUGAUUUGAGUCUCGGUAGUUCAUCGUCUUCCAAAAAUAGUAGCUUGGAAUCAAAAGAUGAUUAUGGAUCAAGUGCUAAUGCUUCACCCUUGAAGCAAUUUGAACAAGGAGAUUGGCGAAAUGGCGGUCGAGGAUUUAGGUCCACGCUGCCGGAUGAGCAAUCCAUGAUAAGCAGCAACCCUCCAAGCCGAGAAGGUAGCAACAAUGAUCAGAGAGCAGCAAUGAAAAUGUUCAACAAUACUCACAUUCAAACACCACCGAUCUCUCUCAAUAACAACAGUAAGCAGAUGAAUGACCACCAUCAAAUGCAAAGAUAUGAUCGUCCGUUUUUACAAUCACCCUCUUUUAGACCUCCGCAAUAUCAAUUUUCGAGCAGCAAUAGUCCUAGUAAUGACGGAGGCCGACAUAUGAGUUUAGGUAGUGCAACUGGCCUUUCUCUAGCACCAGCUGGCGAACACCAACAGCAACAACAAUCAGCUAGUAGUAGUUGGAUGAGAGGCGGCAAUACUACUACCAACGCUAGUAAUAUCUGGCCUUCAGGUACUACAAACCAGCAGCAACUCUUUGCAACUUCAUCUGCAGCAUCAUCAGGAUUCUCAUCGCAUCAUCAACAAAUACUAAAACCUCAAAAUUGGUUGCUCAACAAUGGUUUUCAUCACUCUCCUAUGAAACCUCCUUGACCAUUCACCAUCAGCUUACAUAACCAGUAUUAAUACUACCAUUAGUAAUAUAAUCCAUGUUUUCAUUAUGACUUGAACUCUUAGGUUGUUCAAAUCAUUUUUGCUUGUACUACUUGGAUAUUAUCACUUACGUAGGGCACUAGUCCUUAGAACAUUAGUUGUUAAGUAACUUCACAGCAAAACUAAAAUCUAUAAAUAAGUUUAAUUCUGUGAAAUUAUUAAUUAGUAGUUUUAUUUAAUUUAAUUCUUAAUUAGUUAUUGGUAAGUGCUAACUUGCCAUUUUUAGCUGUAAGAUGUAAAUGUCCCAAUAUUGAUGGCAAUGUCUCUUUUUUGAUGUCA